GUAUUAUCGAGUUCCACCAGCCCAAGUUUUCAACUUUGUUUGCGUCCUUUUUCUUACUUUCUUUGCGUCUUAAUCGCUCGGUUGGCGCCAUUCAGAAUCCACGUAGUAUUUUGCCUGCAUGGAAUUGUCUUCCGUGUAAGUUUUGACGAUGCCGCGCCGUGGGCGAGAGGAUAUUCGGACCGAGCGCCACGGCCGCGCUGCAGCAGAGGGAAGAUCCGUUCGGAAUCGGCAUCCUCUGCUCCCCACAUGACUUGGCGUCUCUCGCGUCGCGCCAGGAUUUCCAACAACUUCACAUCCAUACGCUAUUUAUUCCCCUCGCCCGUCGCCGGCCGGCCGGCCAUCCACCAACGCCCGCCGGAGAAGAGGCAGAAGGUCCGCCGCAAUCUCGGGUAGCCAGCCGUGCAUAGCUAAGGCCUCACGGGUAUAAGUCGACCGUACGCUGCUAAAGGAGGGGCAAGGCAAAAAUGUGUGUCCAGAGGGGUAGAAAACCCCCAGGCAUCUUGGAUGGGCUAUACGGCAUACAGAUUGCUCGUCGACUACCGCAGGCACAGAGCGAAGGCGAAGCCGUCCGGACCAGUUUCACCGAUUCGCCAACUUGUGAACACCAAAAUGGCGGUAGAACGGUCACACAACAACAUCAAAGACUGCUGAUACGACGACUGUGGCAGCAACGGCCCUCAUGCUUGAAGCCCAUCCACUGUGGCAUUACAUGUGACAAGCAUGCUGGUGAAACUUUUGCAAAUGUUGUCACCUCACUACCCUUCAUCGUCCUUGGACUGCAGACACCAAGGAAGAACUUGAACGCUGCCAUCUACGCCAACUCACUGGUUGGAGUAGGAAUAGCUUCAGGCCUGUAUCAUUCUUCCCGAGGUGAGGUCAGAAAAAUCCUGAGAUGGGCCGACUAUACUAUGAUUGCCACCACUACGCUGUGUUUAUCCAGGGCAGUCAGAAAUGAGAACCCAGGACUACUGAUGGCAGCAUCAACGUUGCUGCUGCCGUUUCAGCCUUUCAUGGUUUCAGCUGUCCACACCGGAAUGAUGGAGGUUUCCUUCGCAAAGAGAGCAUCAGUUGAACCAGAGCUCAGAACGGUACAUAACCUGCACAAGAUGUCAUCUCUUUUGGGAGGUGCGCUGUUUAUUGCCGACGAUUACUUCCCAGAGACACCCUAUAUCCAUGCUGCAUGGCAUCUUGCUGCUGCUAUUGGCAUUGGCACAUGCAAUAAGCUUCUCGGGUGACACUGGAACCAACCCUGCUGCUAUCAACGAAUAGUUGAUUUCAGUUUAUCCAGGAGGAGUUAGAUUCAGCAACUAUCAACUUGCCGAUAUAAAAAAACAGUGUACAGAAUAGGUUACAUAGAGGAGCAUUGUUCAAAUUGAGAACAGAAGACUGCUUUCGUAUCUCUCAGAAAGAUUUAGCAAGGAAAAUGAGACGAACUAGGUAGCUUGUGCAUGUAGUUCUGCUAUGAUUUUCAAUUGGUGUUUAAUUAUUACUGUGACAGCAGGCUGGGCUGUCAUGACACUUUUUCCUACAAAAAUGAAUUAAGAUGGAC